UUCCUUCCUUCCUUCCCUUUGUUUUUACCAAAACCAAUUUUCUCUUUUUCUGUUCCUCUCAAAACAAAACAAAAAAUGGACACUUCUAACAAUCUUGAAAUUGUUCAUGAUGUUUUUCCAUAUCUACAAGUAUACAAAAAUGGAACAAUCAAAAGACUUGUAGGUACUGAAUUUGCACCAGCAACCUAUGACUCCCAAACUGAUGUUUCAUCCAAAGAUGUUUUGGUAAAUCCUAAAAAUGGAAUUUCUGCAAGAAUUUAUCGACCCAAUUCAGCAACAAAAGGAAAAAAACUUCCUUUAGUUGUUUAUUUUCAUGGUGGAGCAUUUUGUAUAUCCUCUGUCGGUGAUCCUAAGUACCAUGAUUCUCUUAAUGUGUUUGUGUCUUGUGCUAAUGUUGUUCUUGUCUCAGUGGAUUAUAGAUUAGCUCCAGAACAUCCUCUUCCAACAGCUUAUGAUGAUUCUUGGGAUGUUCUUGAAUGGGUGACUGCACAUAAAUCAAAACAGGGGACUGAGGUUUGGUUCAAAGAGUUUGUUGACUUUGAUAGUGUGUUCUUGGCAGGGGACAGUGCAGGUGCUAAUAUUUCACACUUCAUGGCAAUCAAAGCUGGAAAAUCAGAUGAAGCUUUAGGGGUGAAGCUUUCUGGGAUGCUUAUGAUUAGUCCAUAUUUUUGGGGAAAAGAGCCAAUUGGCAUAGAGAUUCAAGAUCCUGUUAGAAAAUCAAUGGUGGAUAAAUGGUGGGAAUUUGUUUGUCCAUCAAAUAAGGGGAAUAAUGACCCUUUGAUAAAUCCUUUUGUUGAUGAAGCACCAAGUAUUGAAGAAUUGGCUUGUGAUAGGGUUCUUGUUUGUGUAGCAGAAUUGGAUAUACUGAGAGACAGAGGAAUAUUGUACUACGAAUCUUUGGUGAAGAGUCAGUGGAAAGGUAAAGUAGAAAUCAUUGAAACUAAAGGAGAAGAUCAUGUUUUUCACAUAUUUAAUCCUACCAGUGAAAAAGCACUUGAUUUGAUCAAAUGUUGGGCUGCUUUUAUUAAUGGAAAGUGACUGUGUGUGAAGUGGGGAGUCGGUAAAGCUACUGUCAUGUUACUAGAAGGCCAUGAAUUCGAGUCGUGAAAAUAGUCUCUUUACCUAAAAUAUUAGGCAAGACUACUUAUGCACCAGGUUGCCUGUGAAGUUGAUAUAUGUGUUGCUUUAGGCUGUUGUUUUCAUGACAAAUUUGUAUAUACAACAAUAAUAAAUAAAUUCCAUCGUUUUCAUUUUGCGUGUAGAUUAUACUCUUAUGCCUUUUAAAUAUGUAAAGUCAAAAGUAGAUAAAAAAAAUUAUUGUUCUUUGUGAUAGGCCU